CCCCGUUCAUUAGAUACCCAUAAAAUUUUCUGAAGCCUUUUAAAACUUUACCAUAAAAUGUGUUUCAGACUGGCAAAGUGAGGAAAAUUAUUAUCCCAGUUGCAGGGCACCCUCACGCUCGUAAAGCAGAGACAAAUAUCAGAUCAUUGCAAGUAUCUUGGUAAUGAUUUUAUUAAUUAAAUCAAGAGCGAAUUCUGCCAAAAGUCUAGUUUUAUUGCAUCUCUGGCCUCUAGAGCAUGUCAACAUGACAAGAAACUGGAUGGUUUUUAAUGCUCCAAACACUCAUCUGCAAACGAGUGUGUUUUAUAAUGUUCCACGCUAUAUUUCUCGUAAUUCUAUAGCUUUCACAGAAGAUGGCUCAAAUAACUUUUUAAGAGUGCACAAUCAUCCACAUAAAGAUGUCAUUGUCAAGCUUGAAAGAGAUGGAAUGAAAGAAACGAUGAACAGAAUGAGAUGAUCCACACAUCUAUGUAAAGGGAUUGGACAAAAUAAUAUGAACAUCCAUUAUUAUAGAGGUUAAUAUAAUUUGUGUAGGUUGCCAUUAAAGGGAAUGCUGUGACUGUACUCUUUCCAUAUGUAUUCUUUAUAAUGUACAGUGUCUAGCUGUGUCUAGCCUGUUUAGCAGGAGCAUCUCUAACCUUAACAGCCCAAAUGUUUAAAGUUUUAAGAAAAACUUUAACGUCUUUUCAUUUUUGACUGUGUACAAAAAGCAUGUCAAGCUAUGUUCAGCAAAGAAUAAUAAUUGGCAUAAAUAAUUGGAUGAAGGUGAAUGAUUGAAACCAUUGGACAUUUAGAAGGAUUGUGUCCAAACAGCACAGAACUACUGCAGCAAAUUGAAAGCAAACUUCAAUAUUCACCCUGACGACCCUGUUUGCACAAAAACUGACCAUAGAAAACUUUACAAAGCCAACAUCCAUGAAAGAGCCGCAGUCAAUAAAACUCUAAUCACAGACACCAGUUCUGAAGUAUGAAAAUGAUAGUGUCAUGAUGAUAAAAUCUCUGGAGCUGGAGCACCUAGAUGAAUUUCAACAUCUACCCUGGCCAUCUCAAUACCUGACUUAAUUAUUAUUCAAUUAUUGUGGCCAGUUCUGGAGAAAAGAGAAAGAAGCUGAUUCCCAGUCCUCUAACAAUUCUGAAGUAAUUGGCAUUUGUUCUGAUAAAUGAAAUUCUACUGGAGACUAUUUAAAAGUUGUAUUAAUCUAUUCUAAGAAGGUUGGAAGCUGUAUUAAAGGUAAAUGGUGGUAACUUCACUUCAACAAAUAAAUAUUGCCCGUUUUCUACAGUAGGUGUUCACACUAUUUUGUUCAACGCCUGUAUCUGUCUUUCAGCUAACGGACAGUGGAACACUUGGGCUCCGUGGAGUGGGUGUUCUAAGUCCUGUGACGGUGGUUGGCAGCGGAGGGUGCGCAUAUGCCAGGGGCUGGCGGUCACGGGGCAGCCAUGCGAUGGGAGUGGGGAGGAGGUCCGCAGAUGCAGCGAGCAGCGUUGCCCAGCUCCUUAUGAAAUCUGCCCUGAGGAUUAUGCUGUGUCCAUGCUGUGGAGAAGAACUCCCUCUGGGGAACUGGCCUUCAACAGGUGUCCUCCCAAUGCCACGGGCACCACUAGUCGACGCUGCUCACUGGAUCACCGCGGGGUGGCCUAUUGGGAGCAGCCCAGCUACGCUCGAUGCAUUGCAAAUGAAUACAGAUACUUGCAGCAAUCAGUCCAGGGGCACCUUGCUAAAGGUCAGAGGAAUCUGGCAGGAGAUGGCAUGUCGCAGGUUACGAAGGUCCUCCUGGACCUCACCCAAAGACGCAAUUUCUAUGCAGGUGACCUUCUCUCUUCAGUGGAGAUUCUUCGAAACGUCACAGAAACCUUCAAAAGGGCCAGCUAUGAACCCUCUUCUGAUGACGUUCAGAAUUUUUUUCAGAUCAUCAGCAAUCUCCUGGAAGAGGAGAACAGAGAGAAAUGGGAAGACGCGCAACAGAUUUACCCGGGGUCUGUGGAGCUCAUGCAGGUCAUUGAAGAGUUCAUCCACAUCGUCGGGCUGGGAAUGAAGGACUUCCACAAUGCCUACCUGUUGACUGGAAAUCUGGUUGCAAGUAUAGAGCGGUUGCCUGCGGUAUCUGUGACGACUGACAUUACCUUUCCCAUGAAGGGACGGAAAGGGAUGGUGGACUGGGCCAGAAAUUCUGAGGACAAAGUUGUCAUUCCCAAAGGAAUCUUUGUGCCCCAGACAGCAGAUACGGAUGGAUCUUCUGUAUUCAUUCUUGGAACGGUUCUCUACAAGACUCUUGGCCUUAUGCUGCCUGCUCCUCGGAAUAACACUGCUGUGAACUCAAAAGUGAUUGGUGUGACUGUCCGACCAGAACCCAGGGUUACAGAAGCCCAGCUGGAGAUUGAGUUAGCUCAUCUAGCUAAUGGAACAAUGAAUCCAUUCUGUGCACUGUGGGACAGCUCUAUUAUGAACGAUUCUUGGGGCAGCUGGAGCUCUAAAGGAUGCAGAACUGUGCUCACCGAUGCAUCCCACACCAAAUGCUUAUGUGAUCGGGUAUCUACCUUCGCCAUUUUGGCUCAACAACCCAGAGAAAUAGCUAUGGAGUACUCAGGGGUUCCAUCUGUGACACUGAUAGUGGGCUGUGGUCUUUCCUGUCUGGCCUUGAUCACACUGGCCGUGGUGUAUGCUGUUCUAUGGGGGUACAUCAGGUCGGAGAGAUCAACCAUUCUGAUCAAUUUCUGCCUUUCAAUCAUCUGCUCCAACAUCCUGAUCCUAGUUGGACAGACGCAGACACACAAUGCG